ACGGUUGAAACUUAAUUUAAAAACAUACUGCCUAGUACAACAAAUAUAUCCCUGGGUGCCCGUCAUGAUUGGCUGAAAACUCCCACAUCUGGAAUACCAUUGGCUGUCAGCUCCUCGAGGACCCGCCCUUCUGCACUAGGCUAGGUGUAGCUAGAUUGUUUUGAGAAAUGAGUUGAGUUUAAUGCUUAGCUAGCCAACAGUUAGCCUUCAAUCUCAAAGUACUCUCAGCGACAGACAGUCUCAAAAAUGCUGAGACUUGAGGACGGUCACGGGAGGGAUUUAAGGUCCAACUGUUAAAUGCGUUGACUGGUACCUCAUCAGACUGUUAGGACAGAAUGCCAGAGAUGACUGAAACUCAGACACCUGGUCGUAAACCCAAAAAGAAGAAAAACAAAGAAUCUCACAAUGCAGUUGAGAGACACAGAAAAGAGAAGAUUAAUGCCGGGAUCAACCGCAUUGGUAAUCUUCUCCCCUGUUCCAACGCCCUAAAACAGAGUAAGAACAUGAUCUUGGAUCAGGCCUUUCGUUACAUUACUGAACUGAAGAAACAAAAUGACACAUUGCUUCUGGAAGGAGGAGAUCAAGUCCAAGCUGAGGAGAUCCGUCGGCUGCGGCGUCAGACGGAGGAGCUGAGGAGGGAGAGUGCUCAGUACAUCGAGCUCCUUAAAGCUCAUGAUAUUAACAUCCUAGAAGACCCCACAAUUCACUGGAAGGGCCCCCAGCGUUGCACCAAGGUGGCAAAGGUGACCCCCACUCACCAACUCCCAAAAGAGAUUGUCGUCAACUCCAAUGGCAUUGUAAAGUGCCCAGCAGGGAAGGAGACUAGCCCAGCAAAACCGCCUUCUGAAACAUUAAUUCUUCAGCCAACUUCUGAGGUCAAUGCCAGGUUGAGAGUUAAUGGAGCCCUGUUGCAAGUUAACACCUCUUCUUCCACCCCUACACUUCUCCCUGGGUCGACUGCCACACCUAACCAAUCUACGACGGGCCUGAGAAUGAUAGAGCAGUGUGUGGUCGAGACACCGGCUGCAGCCCCCACUCUGCCACCCUCUGUGUCGUACAUCACCCUCCAGAUCCCAGCAGCCACCACAGUCCUUCCCCAACAACCACAGUCUACCGCCCCAGUCCCGACCUUCAGCAUAGCAGCCACUUCAGCGCCACAGCUCCAUACUGAAAGCCCUGCGCAGCCGGUGUCCAAUCUGACCACACUCGCCCAGGCUAUAGCCACAUCCAGAGCAGCAACCUCAGAGGUUUGCUCUUGGGCCACACAGGACACUGCCAUGAGGACUGUAAGUUACACUGCUAUCCCCAACAGCCAUGCCCUUCUUAGGGCUGGGGCGACGGGCAGCACACAGACGACCUGGACAACGCUGCAGAUGGCGGGAAACACAGUGCAGCCAGUCUGCCACAGUCUCCCCGCCCAAGAGGUCAUCAACACCACCCAGACUGUCCAGCAGGUGACCGUGUGUCCAAUGGGCAACAAAGCCUCUGUUCACCCCAUUCAAAUACAGAUGCAACCACAUGUGCCUGUACAGCAAGCCCCCAUUACAGCCCACAUUCAAGCACAGCCCUUUCAGAGAUCACCCCAGCUGCGGCCAGCAAUCCUGAACCAGGCAAAGCCCCAGCCUGUUCUAGCCCCCCAACCACAGUGUGCUGUUCUCUCCCAGUCAGCCAUAGUACCCCAGCCAGGUGUGGUGGCCCACUCUGCCGCCCUGCCGUCGCAGCCCCAGUCUGCUGUACUUAAAGCAGCGUCAUUGGUUCCCCAUCAUCCGACCGCCCUCAUCCCUCAGCCACAGGCCACUGUGCUGCCCCUCCUUCAGACCAUGCAGGUGCUGCAGGUCAACUCAACUGGAGGGACAGCCUCGGGUGUAACAGCCCAACAGAACACUAACAACCCAAGUGUGGUCAUCCUGCAGCAGGCCAGUUCUUGCCCAAACCAGUCAAUUGUAAGGGAGGAAAUAACAAAUCAGCCACCAUGUCAGCAUAUCGUAAUCAUCCAGGCACCCAAUCAGGUUGCACCUGCCCCUCAGAAUCCUCAGGUUGGCAUGGUGCCUGCUGCUGUGCCCACUGCAGUACCGGUUGUGUCCACUCAGAUAUCCACAAGCAGUAGUUCAACAUCUGCCACUUCCUUACAGAGUGUUGGGGGAAAGCAGCUGGUGCACAUUCUCCCACGCCCUGUUCAGCCCCAUGUGAACCAUCCCCUUCAGGUCACACAGGCCUCCUCUUCCCCACCGGUUCCUCCAACCCCACAGACUAUCACUGUGAAUGGCCAGGUGUUUGCUUUGCAGCCCAUAAAGACCUCUGACAAAUCCAGCUCCCAUGCGGGCCAGAGUACACUCCAGCUGGUCCAGCCCACCACCACUGAGGAACCAACUACCAAUGUGGCCCUUAACAGUUUAGGUGCACUCAGCAGCCUCAAUCAGAGCAUCUCUCAGGGCCUUCCACUUACCAUUUCUAGCCAGAACAACGGUCAGCUUCCAGCUGCUCCAUUAUCAGUAGUCCAGCAGAAGCAGCCUCCUGCUCCCGCACCCAUCCCUGGAACCGCACUUGCUCCACCUGCCCGGCAGCUACAGGUGUCUUCUUUCGGCCCAGUCAAAUCCGGGCAGGUGGGUAAUGCCUCUAAGAGUCGAGGAAAGAGGCUUCGCACAACUUUGAAUACAAAGAGGGCAACAGCUAAAAGGACUAAACCAGCCAAAAGAAAAGAGCUCCGUGAGGCACCACCUGUCGCUGCUGUUCCAGCCAAGCCAGUGGGUGCUGCAGGAGAAAGUAAAGUUUCAGUAUCUGAAGUUUUACAGCCCUCGACUGUAAAAGGCAUAGACAUUCCCUCCACUUGCACCACAGCUGUCACAACGACAAAUGGUACUGAAGCAGUGGGGAAUAUCACCUCUACACAAAACACUCAGAUAAUGAUUGUGUGUAGUUCAUCUAGCGAGUCAUCUGUAUUUAGGCAAUCCCAUCCACAGAGCUCUGUCAGUGCAACUCAGACUCAUGCUGUACUCGGCAACACUAGUGGUGUGGCGACUGCAGUUACAACUGUCAAUGCCACAUCGGUCAAGCCAACAGUUAGUGCAGCUGUGGCCAUUGAGAGUAAACCAUCCAUAGUUUCUGGCAACAACUCGGCUUUAACCAAACUCUUAGUUCCAGAGGUUAAACAGCAAACCACCAGUUCAGCAACUAGCGCAACACAAAGUAAGUCAGCUGCCACCGCUUCUAUUUCUAAACAGAGCAAAUCUGUGGUGACUUCUGAAGGUGCCACUGAGACGCUGUACACUCCCACCACUGUUUCUACCGCAUGUCUGACUCCAGUCUGCACUAGAGCUAUCCCAGCAACUGCACCAGUAUCUUUAAAUCAGGCUACCCAACCAACUUCAAUAUGUCGUCCCCACCAGGCAUCUAAUACCCAAGAUCCUCUGCCACAGUCACAGCCCACCACUUUACCCUUGGUGUCCACAACUGUGGCGCUCCCAUCGCCUGCAGCAACUUUUUCUGCGGCCCACAGCUCUGUAACGGCCCCUACAACAAGCUCAGAGUUUAGGAAAAGGGUCACUACCAGUAGAGCUCCAACACAACAGAUGGACGUGAAUAUUCCCCACCCAUUACCCUGUCAUCCUGCUGAAAUCAAGCCACCCCAGCCUCCUCGAAGAGAUAGGGAGGCUCAGGUAGAGAGACACUCCACAGCAGCAGCAGCAGCAGCAGAGAAAGACAGUUUGGUGGCAGCAACCUCUGGCACUCCCUCUAGAAAGGAUUUUGCCCUAUCUCAACAGGUGUACACUAACCUUGACGAUCAAACUAUCGAGCACCCUAUGACAUCUAGCAGACAGACAGACUCUCCCAUGUCUUCAGGGGCUGGGGGAGGCAGAGGGUUUUCUGUGGCCUCCAUGCUUCCCCAGGGCCACACUAUAAGUGCGUCAUCUGGCUCCUUUGGAACAUUUACGUUCACAUCUGAGCAGGCAGAAAUGCUGGCCUUGGCCAUGCUGGAACAAGACAGUCCAGGAAGGCGGAGUGGAAGCUGCUCUGGGAACACUGCUUCAACAAACCCCGCCGCAGCCACAUGGGAGCCCUCAAAAACCCCAAUAGUGUCCAACAGUAAAGAAAGGGUCUCAACUGGACAGCAGGCAAAAGUGACUAAACCCAUGGACACAGUAACGGUUAAACCUACUCUGCAGGUAUCUGUCAGAGGACAGGCUGGGGAGGGGCCCACUGGAAGCAGACAUCCACAAAACAUCUCAUACUCCCAGUCUCUCCCCCAGGUCCAGUCUCAGGGCUCAUCCCAGAGCGGCACCGUGGCCAGCCUCAGCGUCAACAACCUGAUCAGGCCCAGCUCCAGUCAGCAACCCUACCCGGGCUCUCCCAGUCUCUCUGUCCAACAGGGCUCAGUUCCCUCACCUGUGGGGAGCUCAGCCCACAUAUCCCAACCCCCAAACAACACCCUCUCGCCCUGCUCAGGUGCAGCCCAACUGAAUGAGUACACCCCCUUGAAGACUGCGUUAAUGAGGGCUCAGGCUGGAGUCGGUGUGGGUGAGCGACAAGUGAAGAUCAUCUCCAAACGGCAGGCCCAGGAAGAGGUGAUGCUGAACACAGGAAAACGGCCCAAGCCCUGUCCUCCAUCAGCUACCACUGUCAGCCACAUGGACCUGAAAGCACCAGACCACAGCCAGAUGAUGGUGGGACAGCUGCCCCCCACGUCCGCCGCUGUCAUGACGAGGAUUAAUUCAGAAAGCGGAGGCCCCCUCUUCCCCACAAACUCUUUCAUGAGCCCGGUAGUUCGGCCAACAGAUGGCCACUGCCCUCCUCAAGGACCCCUCGAGCAGAACCAGCCAGGUGUGCUUCAUCUGCCCCAGGGUCAUCCACAGCACGCUGCAACCCAGCCUGGCCAGCACCUGGGAGGAAACCUGUACAUGAAACAGCAGCAGCAAGACCAACAGAGACACCACCUGUAUCAUUUGCAACACCACCUGACGCAGCCCGACCCCGCACAGCGCCACUCACUACACCAGAGGGCGCUUCAGCAGCAGCAGCAGCAGGAACAGCAGCAGCAUGUGCAGAAGAAGCGAGGGCUUGUCAGAGGCAGUCAGACUGGUUCACCUGCUGGCCUGCAACAGAAGCAGCACCACCUGGAGAAGUCUGGAGUUCAGCAGCAGCAGCAGCAGCACUCACAUCAACAACAACAACAGACGCAGCAUCAACCCCACACACAGCAGCAUCAACAACAACAGUCUCACCAACAAUCACAACAGCAUCAACAGCCAACACAACACCAACAGGCUCAUCCCCAACAGCACCAACAGCAAACACAUCAACAGCAGCCACAGACGCAGCAUCAACAACACCAACAACAGCAGCAGCAGCAGCAGCAGCAGCAGCAGCAGUUGCAGCAGCAGCAGCAGAGCUCCCACUCCAGACACCAGCAGCAUCUACAGCAGCAGAUCCAGCAGCAGCAACAGCAGCAGCAGCAACACUUUAGACACCAGGAGAAGAGUUGUGAAGCCCAGGCAGCGGGAUCCAGGGCCCACCACAGCAGCCACCUGGCCCAGCAGGACCACCUCAAGCCUGGUCAAGACCAUAACGCUAUGCAGAGGAUGAUGAGCACCAGGACUCUGGAGCAGCAGCUCAUCCCUCCUCCCAGCAAUCCUGUGUCCCGGUCGUCUGACCUGGCCUGCGCCCCGUCGCGGCAGGAACGUCAUCGCGUUUCCAGCUACUCUGCGGAGGCGCUCAUCGGUAAAAGUUCCACCAGCGGUGAACAGCAGCAGCGCAUGGGUCUCCACCUUCAGCCGGGCCGCGGUGCCACACAGGACCAGCCGGACCUCCGCGGUUACCUGGACACGUCACGAGUGAAGGCCAGCAUUGCACACAACCCACAGAACCGCUUGCCCUCCGACCAUCCAGGAUCUGCAGAUGUUCAGCGGGUCUCGGAGUGUCCGCCGUUCAAGACCAUGGGAGGAGGAGUGCAUCAACUCGGGGGCUUUGAGGCUCAGGUGUCUCGUGGGAGUGACAUGGCCCCCAAGUCGGUGCCGUCCUCCCAGAGGGGCCCUCAGGGGCAGCAGCAAGGCGGGUUCAGGAUGGGUGUCGGCCCUCCACCCGAUGGCCGUAACCGCUACAGUGCAGCUCAUCCCGGCUCACAGGGAGUACAAGUCGGCCUCCCCCGGGAGCAGGAAAGUUGCCACCAGAGUUUCAUGCAAAGCCUUCUUUCACCCCACCUGCCCGAGCAGAGCAACCACCAGCGAGCAGUGCAGUGCUGUCCUCCGGUCAGCAUGGAGUACAGCUGUGUGCCUGGAAGCUCUCCAGGAGACCUACAGGCCAAGGCCUCCAGCCCCAGUGUGGGCCAGACACAGAAGGCCCCGGCUAUGCGGCUUGGAGAGGGCAACAAGGGCCAUAUUUCUCAGGUCAGCAGUAAUAUGCAUGGAGGUGUACGCACAGGUCUACCCCACCCUCUAACCCCACACAGCAGCUCUGAGCCGGGCCGCUCCUCGGCCCCCUCCAGACCACCCACAGCUGUUAGCCAGCACUCGCGCCACAUCGCCCGAGAUACUCAGCCCACCAAACUGAGGCCCGGUGACCGGCCUCGAUCGGGUACUCUGAGACAGAGCAACCCCUUUGAGCCCGAGGGCCACCUGCCUCUGCCGCCAGGAGGAGGGGUGCUGCUGGGCAGAUCACAGUCUGGAGGAGAGGCGCGACGCAGCACCAUCGUCCGCUUCAUGGCAGAUACUGCUCAGGUUCCUGGCGACAACAACCUGCUUGCUGACCAGCACCUAACACAAAACUUUGGUUUCCCCUUCAUUCCAGAGGGAGGGAUGAACCCUCCACCUCCCAUCAAUGCUAACUCCACAUUCAUCCCUCCUGUCAGCCAGCCCAACGCCUCCCGUACGCCGUCCCUUCUGCCCGUGGAGCCCCAAAACACUUUACCCUCCUUCUACCCUUCUUAUUCUCCGGCUGCUCACCCCAGCCUGCCCAGCGAUGUCACCCUCCAGUACUUUCCCAACCAAAUGUUUACCAGCCCGAGUGCCGACAAGGGCAGCGCUCCUCCACUCAAUAACCGCUUCGGCUCCAUCCUUUCCCCGCCUCGCCCUGUGGGCUUUGGCCAGGCCAGCUUCCCCUUGCUCCCAGAUAUGCCCCCUAUGCCCAUCGCCAACUCAUCCGGAAUCACCCCCCACAUAUCCAACUUCAGCCUCACCUCCCUGUUCCCCGAGAUCGCCACAGGCAUGCCCACCGACGGUUCGGCCAUGCCAAUGUCUCCCCUGCUAUCUCUCUCCAACACCUCGGCCGCCGACUCCGGCAAGCAGCCCAACCGUCCUGCCCACAACAUCAGCCACAUUCUGGGCCAUGACGGCAGCUCGGCCGUGUGAGGAGAGGUCCCGCUGCAUUGUGAUGAAAUGGUGUUCUGAAUUGAAGAGUCUCAUUUUGAGAUAUAUUGUUCUUUUAAAUGUUCAAGUGCAGAAAGUGGUGGUGACGCACCAGAUAACGGUUUCUGGGUUAAAAUGACGCCAUGUCUGUCCGAUUGUUUACAUGUUCACACAGUUUCAAUUUGUUCCUUCUGGCAUUCGUGUGAUGUCAACGUUAUAAUUAAAUAUUUCCAAAAUCUUUUGAAUUUAAGGCGACAUGAAAUGAUAAUCCUUUAAAGCUCUUUGUUGGUUAAACCGACUGUUUGGUAGUAAAACUAAAUUUAUGUUUAGAGCUUGAAUUUAAUGUUUUGUGGGUCAUUAAGAAACCUACCAAUGUAAUUUAACUAACUUAUAUCAGGUUGUACUGUACAGAAUCUGUUUUUUUUCCCCAAGAGCUAUUUUGUAAAUACCAAUGUUUCAUAUCAGAAUUGUUAGAUUAUUUGUAAAUACAAAAUUGAUUAAUAAAGUUUAUAAGGAGA